CGUAACUAAGUAAGCAACAAUGGGUCUCGAAAGUGGAACUAGACUGCCAUGCAUGCAACAGGCGUAUGGCGACAUCGUCGGAGCGAUAGGAGUGCUUAUAGUCACAUAGUGACUGUAGGAGUGCUCUGCUCUUGUCUCAGCCUGUAUUUUAAAAAGUGUAAUUUAUAGUCCUAUGCCAUGGGAGCUUUCACUUCGAUCUUUGUUUCUAUCGUGAGGUCUUACCUCAAGCCUGUUCCGUUAGUCCAUCCUUGGGGUUUACCGCUUCCCAGCAUUCCGCAUCUGACACUAAGUAAAGAAUUUGUCGAUUCUUUCGAUCAUAUCCUCGUUGUCGGAGAUGUUCAUGGUUGUUUCGACGAGCUAGUGGAACUCCUCGAAAAAUCGAAUUCCUCAAAGCCUGACACACUGAAACUAUUCGUUGGCGAUGUCAUCAACAAGGGACCGAAGAGCGAAGAGGUGCUCGACUUUCUCAUGAACAAUAACACCACAUGCCAGAGUGUCCGUGGAAAUCACGACGAGGUGGUCCUCCGUGAAUACCUGCGAUCUCGCAGCCCGGGCUACAUUCUUGCGCCUCAAAACUGCUGGAUUAAAAAGCUCAGUGCGGACCAGAUACAUUUCCUCCAGGAACUUCCGUACACGAUAUCCGUCCCGAGCCUCAACGCGGUCGUGGUCCAUGCGGGGCUGGUGCCGGGAAAAGGCGUCGAGGGAACCUCCAUCGAAGAGAUGGUCGGCAUGAGAGACAUUCUCUUUAAAGACCCGUGGGAGGAAGGGGGACUGCAGGGGACGAAAAAGGUGGUAGAAGGAUCUGUGCCUUGGGGAAGCCUCUGGAACGGUCCAGCCCACGUCUACUUCGGACACGAUGCGAUUCGCCUGAUGCAAAGGUGGCCACACUGUACGGGCCUGGACACUGGGUGCGUUUAUGGGAAGGACUUGACUGGUAUUUUUAUUAAGGGGCCACGGCAAGGGGAAGUGGUUUCCGCAAAGGCACACUCUGUUUACCAGAAGCCCGGCGUAGCGGCUUUGUAGCGGUGCCAAUAAAUAAAGGUGAAAUGAAGUUGACGGAAAGAGGUUGCGACGACGCAUUGUGCCCAAAGCUAUGCCGUAUAAUUGUGAGAGAGUUAGAUGCAUCAACAUGAACCUGAAUUCGAAUCUCUAUACGAAAGCGGUAAUACGCACUGGAAGUAGGUUAGCUGUCUGUAACCCCCUCCCCCCCC